UUAGUGGCUUAGCCGUUUAAGUUACUGCACAUGGUCAACGGUUGUGACUUGUGAUAACGAUUAGCGACCGCCGAGCGCUGAUUUAAGAUUUUGUUUUUGUCGUCGACCGUUGUCGCUUAGCAACCGCGAUAUCGGCCGAUCGAGAUUACGAAUUACGAUUCAAAAAACAAAAACCGUGAACACUCGAUAUCCGGCGCUCAAAUCUUUUGGAUGACGUGAAACGUUAGUUCUAUGAUUUCAAGUCUGCCCUGCGGACUUACUGCAGUACUAGACAUCGUCUAGUAAUGGCGAUGGAACGACAAACUGAUGCCAUGGAUACAAAGUUGCACGAAGUUGUUAAACAAUCUUUAAAGAAUAGUCCUACUUGGAACAACUUUGUAUCAACUGUAGAAGCCGAAAUAAAUAAAAUCUUGGUAAAUAAACGUAUGAUUAGUACAACAAAAAAUAAACCUGAACAAUCUGAAACAAUUGAGUUGAUUAACAAACUCAUAUCUGAAUACUUGGAUUGGAUGGGAUAUGAAUUGACAAAUUCAACGUUUAAGAAAGAAUUGGGAACUGAAUUAAAAUCAAAUGGCUAUCGUAAUCAAAUCACUUCAUUAUUAGGUCUUCAAGACACUGAUAAAACAUUAAAUCUGCCUCUUUUAACAGUAUUGAUAACAAUGUUUAAGAAUAAAGACGGAGUCAAUCAAGAACCAUUAGACAAUUGAGGCAAAACCUAUUUAUUGUUAUAUAUAUAUUACACAAACUACAAAGAUUAUUAAGCAUGUCUGUGAAUUAUAAUCCUUAAUAUUGUACCACUUGUACAAUA